GAAGCCUAUUGUAAUUGCUUCACAAAAAACAGAGGAAGAAACAACACUGGAUCUCUCAAACUGAGCAGCAGCCAGUCGGUUAUUUUUUACUUUAAAAAUUAUACGUUCUUCCACUUUCAUUUAUUAUUUUUUUCACAAGGAAAACAGACGAAGAUGGGUGCUCAGUUGUCAAAGGGUGGAGCGGCUGUUGAUGGAAAAGCUGCUGAUCCAGCAGCAGCUAAAACAAAUGGCCAGGAGAACGGUCAUGUAAAAACCAACGGUGAUGUGUCUGCCAAGCCUGACGGGGACACGGCGGCGGCCGACGGGAAUGGCACAGCGGAGGCUGCCCAGGAAACGACGGAGACUGGAGCUGGAGAUGCCAUCGAACCCGCCCCAGCCUCUGAAGGCGACUCUUCUAAACCUGAGGGUGACGCAGCUAAGGAAACCAAGAAGAAGAAAAAGUUCUCUCUGAAGAAUUCAUUCAAAUUCAAAGGAAUCUCGCUGAAGAAGAGCAAGAAGGGGAGCGAGGAAGGAAAAGAGGAGGCCACCUCGCCCACGGCCGAAGACAAGCCAGAGGAGAAUGGUCACGCUGCCAAGGAGACCAAAGAGGAGGAGCCGGCGGCCGAGGCGCCCGCGGAGGCCAGUGAGACGCCCGCUCCAGACGCAGGGGAAGAGGUCAAACCCGAAGAGCCUGCCCCCGUAGCAGAAGCCGCACCCACAGAAGAGCCGGUGAAAUCCGAGGACGCCAGCGCCCCAGCAAAGGACACGCCGCCUGAGACCACUGAUGCAGAGCAACAGGUGGAGUGACCUUGCCACGCCACAGCCACUAGACUGUUUCAUUUUCUUUCUUUUUUUUCCUUUCCAAGAUUGAAAUAUAUAAAAAUAUAUAUGAGACUUGUGCCACGUUCUUCAAGUUAUAACAAAACUAUUGCCGAGAAGACGAGUACAUGAAAUGCAUCACACACGCUGAUAGCGACCACUACUAGUUCACUGCAUCCUUCUGUUUUCUCCUCUGAUGGAGCCCGGCAUGGCGACUCUUGAUGCCCUUUGACCUGGACAGCCCAUUAUGGUACACAGUAGGACUGUCAUGGUGGGUGGGGGGAGGGAUUCUUCAUGGAUAUGGAUCAGGAAUACAGACAUUUUCUCAAUUCAUGGAAAGAAUAUCAGAAUCUUUAACCGCGUGGCCACCCUAUAACAUUUUCUUUUCACUGUCUUGUCUCCUUGAGAUCCUGAAAAUGGAGGAGAAAUGGGGCG